GGGAGGGGAGGGGGUGGUGGGAUGGGGGCAAAAAGUUGGUGCCCCUAUCGGUGCCAGGAGUCCUCUCCCCAGUAAGGAGAGCGUGUAUGCGUGCGUUCUGUCUGCUGACAUCACAGCUGGAAGCGCCGUCACACGGGGUUAGUAAAAGUUGGGAUCGGAGCUCCACGGGGCGAGAGCGACGCGUAAAGACAAGCCGGCGUAGAGGCAGCGAAACCGGGCUCGACAUUUCCGAGCCUUCGCUGACUUUACGACGAACAUUUCGACAACUCCUCUUUUUGUUUAUGUUGAGAAAGAGUGGCAUACUCCCAGCGAGGGCGACUUUCUUCGAAGUUCAACGCGUUGAUGCCAAAUUAGAAGAUUAUUUUGGAUUUACGGAAAGUAAAGAAGGAGGACACUUUUGGCACGGCGGUUGAAGCCCCAAAUGAAGCAAAGUUGAAGUUCGGCUUCGGCGUCGUGCCAUUCAGUCAAUGUUGCGAGGUUUUCGGAGAGCGUAAACCUGCUUCGACGGUCGUGGGGGUGGUUCAGAGACGAGCGAGCCGAGCUGUCAAACCCGAUGACGACGGCAAACUGCCCCGGCAAUGAGGAGCUGGACUUCCGACUCAUCUUCGGGGAGGACGGGCAGCAGCAGCCGUUGGGCCCCGCAGACCUGGAGCCUGAUGACAACACAUCGUUCUACAUCCUAAGCCAGCCCCCAUCAGUAGUCACGAAUCACCAGUCGAACAGCCUCCCUCGUCAUGGCACCGCGCAGUCCCACUCUCCGCUCAUCAGCACUUCGCCUCGCCUUCAGUCACACAAACAAGGACCUAUGUACCUGAGUUAUGAGGCACAGGACUCGAAGUAUGGCACCUCCCCCUUGCUCCCUUCUGCUCCAGUGGAGGCACCAAAAGCCUUCGAAUGCCCCAGUAUUCAGAUCACCUCCAUCUCCCCAAGCUGCCAGCAGGAGAUGGAUGCCAAUGAACAAGAUCUGAGGUCAAAUGGUCCUGAUAGGGACUAUCACAGUGAAAGGCCUCUUUCCAGAGACCACCUCUAUUUGCCUCUUGACCAUUCAUACCGGGACUCCUCUCUCAGCCCGAGCCCAGGCAGCAGUCUCUCAUCUAGGAGCUGGUAUUCUGACGCCUCCUCCUGUGAAUCAUUAUCCCACAUCUACGAUGAUGUUGACGCUGAGCUCAAUGAAGCUGCCGCUCGCUUCACCCUAGGCUCGCCGCUUACUUCCCCGGGCUGUACCUCCCCUCAAACGGGCAUCGGGAAUCUGGAGGAGCAGCCUCAGUGGCAGCACCCUCACCCCUCCUUCGUCCAGCAGUCCCACUCUGUCACUCUGUCACCUCGACAGUCCCCCUGCCAUUCACCGCGCACCAGUGUCACUGAUGAGAACUGGCUUAGCCCACGGCCGCCUUCUCGGCCCUCCUCGCGUCCCACCUCACCCUGUGGGAAGAGGCGCCACUCCAGUGCGGAUAUCUGCUAUCCUGGCUCCGUGUCGCCACAUCACUCACCCUCACCUACACCGGGACCUUCACCUAGGGGCAGCGUGACAGAGGACACCUGGAAUGGCAGUCCGUCAGGAGGAUUGUUGCCCUUCCAGUGCUGCCAAUCGGAGGCAGACAUCCCAUCCAAGACAAGAAAGACUUCACAGGACACAACGGCGAUGCAGACAUCAGCAAAAGGAGAGUUAGGAAUAGAUGACCAAGGAAAUAUGCCUCCUAAUCUCGACUCUCCCUCAGAGGAGGCCCUCCACAGCAUUAAGAAGGAUGGGCCUGGGGAGCAGUUCCUCUCUGUGCCCUCCCAUUUUUCAUGGAAUAAACCCAAGCCAGGACACACACCUAUAUUCAGGACAUCCUCACUUCCUCCCCUUGACUGGCCGCUUCCAAGUCAGUUCGGACAGUACGAACUGAAGAUUGAGGUGCAACCAAAAGCGCACCAUCGAGCGCACUACGAGACCGAGGGCAGCAGAGGAGCGGUCAAAGCGACAUCGAGCGGCCAUCCUAUUGUAAAGCUGGUUGGCUACAACGAGAAGCCUGUCAACCUGCAGAUGUUCAUCGGAACAGCUGAUGACCGUUACUUGAGGCCACACGCCUUUUACCAAGUGCACCGCAUCACUGGGAAAACCGUGGCCACGGCCAGCCAGGAGAUUGUGAUCACCAGCACCAAAGUUCUCGAAAUUCCUCUCUUGCCUGAAAACAACAUGUCUGCCAGCAUUGACUGCGCGGGCAUCCUCAAGCUACGAAACUCAGACAUCGAACUGCGAAAGGGCGAGACGGAUAUAGGGAGAAAGAACACCCGCGUACGGGUGGUGUUCCGAGUUCACAUCCCUCAGCCGAACGGGAAGGUUCUGUCGCUGCAGGCCGCCUCCAUUCCGGUAGAAUGCUCCCAACGAUCGGCUCAAGAGCUGCCCCAAGUUGACAAAUCUAGUCUGAGCAGCUGUCUCGUCAAUGGGGGAGAGGAAAUGGCCAUCACUGGAAGCAACUUCUUUCCAGAGUCCAAAGUUAUCUUCUUGGAGAAAGGCCCUGAUGGGCGGCCGCAGUGGGAAGUGGAGGCCAAAAUCAUCAGGGAGAAAACUCAAGGCUCAUGCAUUGUAGUGGAAGUCCCUCCUUACCACAGUAAGACUCUGAGCUCGGCUGUACAGGUGCAGUUUUAUGUCUGCAAUGGAAAACGGAAACGGAGUCAAUCCCAACGCUUCAGUUACCUUUCAGUGAUGGUGAAACAGGAGCACCGGGAUGAGCUGGACCAUCCCACUUUACCUGCCAUAUCCAUGCCUCUGACACACCCUGCCAGUCUGGUGGGUCCUCAGCUGCCUACCCCCGAUCAGGGCCACCCAUCGGAGAACCUUCUGUCCACCUCCCCACAUGGCCGGGCCUCAGGCUCAGGACCCGUCCUGCUACCCCUGCAGGGUCCCUGCCCCUCCAUGGGCUCCCCAUCCUUCCAGCACCUGCCUCAACUCCAGGGUCGCAGUUUGCACCACACCCCCACCGACUGCCACAUGACGUUUCAUCCGAGCUCCUCUUCUGUCGCCCUCCCUGCCUCCCCUUCGCCCUCGCUGCCCGUAUACCAGCCCAUGCAGCGCAACCAGAGCCAUGCUCAUAGCCUGUCCUUCAACGGCCAGUCCAGCCUUUCACCUCAGAGCUAUGAUAGGAUGCCUUUCCAGCAGAGUCCCAGUGCCGUUUCACACACGCUGGGCAUGGGGAUGGUGUACUCCUCCUCCCCCUGCUCCUCCCCAUCAACACCUGUGUCAUCAGGCCCCAUCGUAGGCUCUCCGCAGACCCACCAACCCCUUUUCACCCCCUCAUCCACACACCUCCACACGCUCGGAGGGUACCACUGCUCCCCAAAUCCCGCCCAGGUGCCCUCCCCAAGCGGCCACCCACUCGUGGGGCCUCACUCAACCCAGCUGCAGCGGGCCAUGGGCUACCACCCAGUGAGUCAACGUUCAGCCUCUUGCCCCACGCCAUCCACCGCACCUCCUCCGCAUAUGAUCCCAUCUGCCCACUCCGGGCCAUCUUCCCCUCAGCUCCAAUCGCUCCCCUACCAAUCUCCCACCUCCUCUUCACCAGGUAACAGUCCCUUGGGUCCCUUGCAGCAUCCGCAUUCAGGACAGCCUUCUCCCCAGGCGGCGAGCCCAGUCAUGGCCGGCUUGUCCCCGACAGCUGCGGGGCAGUUGGUUCACCCGCUAAGCCCCCAGGGGCCCUUCACACCGGAGGGCGAGAGGCUAAACAUCAAAGAGGAGCCCGAGGAUAGGGAGCCCACCUUCCGCUCUAUAGGCCUACAAGACAUCACGCUGGAUGAUGUGAACGAGAUCAUCGGUCGAGACAUGUCGCAGUUGCCCAGCGCCCGCGGCCCCACCGCACGAACUGCGCCGUCGUAGCUCACGGACCGGACGUGAACUUCAACUCCCGCGAUGCAACAACCCGUCAGGACUGCUCAAAAUACUGCAUACCAAAAUCAAGAGCGUCGAUUUGUGUGAAUUUUUUUUUUUUUUUUAAGCGAUCAAAGCAUUUGUUAUCCCUGCGAGGAGUAGAAGAAGAGGAAGAGGAAGAGGCUCAACAUUCCGCAAUUGUCAAUCACCUGUAAAUCUUUGGACAUGAACUUUUAACGUUUAUAGAAAUAGACUGCUGGAAAUACUGAUAAAUGCCUUACUAUAAACUAUUACUAGUGAACCCUGCUAUUCACGGGCCCCCUGAAAAACUACCGUAAUUCCCGGCCGACAGUUGGUUAUAAGCCUCACCCAGCACAUUUGUAAAGGAAAUACCAUUUGGUACAUACAUAGGCCACAGCUGUGUAAAAGCCGCAAGUGCCCACAUUGAAACCCACAAUGAAACACGAGAUAUUUACAAAGAAAAACGGUACGCUAGACCGUCACUAACACGAGCGGGGCGCUAACGCUAGUGCGGUGCUAACACUAGGGCUAGCACUGCGCUAACGCUAACAGGGCCAGUUAAAAUAAAACUUACUGGUAAAUAUCACAGAGACACGCCAGUAAACGAAGCUGCAACACGCUAGCACAGCGCUGACAGGGCCUGUAAAAGUCACUUCCUCGGAACAUAUAUUCCACGAGUGUCACGCUUACCUUUUCCGCUUGAGUGCCCCGUUGGAAAAAAUGCACAAAUUAGCCGCAUCACCGCAUAAACCACAGGGUUGAAAGCGUGUGAAAAAAGCCGAGGCUUGUCGGCCGGAAUUUACGGUACUUUGUUUUGUAAUUUCCCACAGAUGCCACCAAAUUGUAGAAAAGCACUUUUUUUUCCCCUAUUAGACAACACUAUGGCCUGACAAAAGGAAGCUCCUCCCCCUCACUUCAACAUAGUAGCUGGGCAACGAGAUGCCACCAAAUGUUACCAAAGCAAUAAAUUUGCAUUGUCUUUUGGCCUGAGCACAAAAACAGCAAAUAGUCGAAAAGAAAAAUAAUGCUGAACUAAAAAUACGCGAGGGUUCACUGUGUUAUUUCUAUUAUUAUUAGUACCUGUGUAGCAGCAUUAAAUGGCAGCAAGGUUAACCUUUCCUACCAAAUUGACGCCAUAUUGUUCACGAGAUACAAGAUGGCUGCCCUUCUUCUCGGUGCAAUUGAUUCCUCCGGUGUGCCUUGUUUGCAAGCAAGAUAAAACUUUAGUAUUUUGUCAUAAAACUAUCGUCCACAAAACGUUGUCCAACAUCUGGAUGUGAAGACGUCUUCCAUGUCCUUUGAAAAAAAUAAAAUAAAUAUAUAUAUAUAUAUAUAUUUUUUUUUUUAGAGAAUAACCGCAGCAAUAACGCUCGAAUUGGACUGCCCUCCCUCCCCCCCUCCGGCCUUACGAUGAUGAUCUGUGGAUUCACCUUAAGCCUAACAAGCCUUCGCAAGCCCCAAAAAAGAAGCCUGCAAAGCAGGGGUGGGCGACCUCUGGCCCCACCGGUGGGGGCAAAUGGUACAGGUCCACCUCGUCGUAUUUUUCCAGAAAUUUACCGCGGCCUUCAACUGAGGAAACCCACCCCUGAUCGAGACCUGAAGACAGCCAAGGCCCGCAGUGUGUACUGUCCGUGGACUAUACGUGUACGUGUGUGCGAGAGGGGUGUUCAUACCAAAUCUGGACAGGAAAAGUCCCGACUUUCAAGUACACGUGUACUUCAAGCUAUGCAAAGUACAGUCAAUAUGACAAAAGGAGUUACUUUAACUUCACAGCAGUAGAAUGAGAAUUAUUAUUAUUAUUUUUUAGGAUGCCUUAAUCCGUUUGUUUCGUCAUCGUGUGCUCUCCUAUAAAUAUGUUUUUAUCGGGGCCCGGCUAAGCGGAGAUUUUGUUGGUCGCUUGUGAAGCUUCAAAACCAAAAUCAAGAAAAUUGCGUCGUCGUGGGCCGCAACCAAAGAGCGAACAAUACACACAAGUCACACUUGACAAAAAGAGACUCUACUCAACUCUAUUUUUGAUACUUUUUUUUUCUUGUUCAAAUUGAUGUCAUUAAGUAAAAUAAUAAUAAAAAAAAAAAAAAAAGGUUUGGGG